AUGGCUCUCCACAGCGACAAGUCUACGAAGCUGGCGGUCCACUCCACCAAGAAAUGCGACCGACCCCAGUGCGCCGCUUGUGACAAAGAUUUUGGAAGGGGAAGCGAGUUGAAUAGACAUCUCAAAGAGACUCAUUCCUACAUGAGAUAUUCUUGCCCAGUCCUCCAUUGUUCGUUCCAAACCAAGCGUUCUGGGAAAGUCAAUGCGCACAUGAAGAAACAGCAUAAGAAUGAUCAAGAUGGACAACUCGAAAGUUCAGAGCCACAGAUCGCCGUAUUGGCCAUGGGAGGCACUGGAUCCAGCCCAGAGCUCCAAUCAUCCACCUCACUUCCAGACAACAACACCAUCGCCACAAAUAACAAUACCUUUGGUCCACACCGGCACUCUUUCGAAAACACUGAGGGGUUUAACAGAGCUGCCAGUUCCGGCACAGCUCUUGCCUCAGGGCAAUGGAUACACCAAGGCGACACCGAAAGAGCACAGACGCCUCCACAAGGCCUCAAUUCCUUCCAGCAUGACAAUUAUGCCCACCCAAAUGCCGAAACAACUUCGACAGAAUAUCCAGCGAGAAACGAGCUGUUAGGAGGGACUGCAAUGCUGAGUCUCGACAAGGAGCCAGGUUUCCCCACAAGCUGGUCUGCUGCACUCCACGAAGAUGGGUGGGAUCUCCAAAAUUGGAGCUAUGAUGUCGUACAUAAUUAG